AUGCCGACAACGACGCCACCUCAACGGCAGCAGCAGCAUCAGCAUCAGCAGCAGGAUACGACCACAGCAGCAGCAACAGAUUUAACACUUGAUCAACAACAGAUACCUCAUCAACAUAAUGUAUAUGAAGAGUCUACAAUGCAUAUAUCAUGGGAUCAUUUGGAUCAACGCAAAUAUUAUACAUACAACCUAUUGUUUGCAGGCGCAAUCGACUCGAUGAUGUAUCCAAUGGAUCUGCUUCGAACGCGUCUGCAGGUCCAGGGCUCGUCAGUGGUCAACCAGACCUAUCCACACUAUUCCAGCACUUGGAAUGGCUUUAAAAGCAUCUUUCGACACGAGGGCUUUCGAGGCUACUACAAAGGCUUCCUGGCCUCGGAGAGUGGAUAUCUCUCAGCCAAGCUCAUCUACUAUGGCUUCUACGAACAGAUGAAACAGUAUCUCAAUCACAACGACUUUGGAUCUUACUCACCAUUCAUCGCAGGUGGACUUGCCGAAUUGUCUGCCUCGGCACUGACCGUGCCAUUCGAAGUGAUGACGCAAAAGUGCCAGAUCCAGGGCCACAUGGGAGCGACCCUAAAGGCCAGAGAGAUCUUUCGAAAUACAUACCAAGAGGCAGGCAUCCGAGGAAUAUACAGAGGCUUUGGAAUCACAGUCCUCAAGAACGUGCCGUACUCGGCAUGCUGGUGGGGCAGCUACGAGCUCACCAAGCAUUAUCUGUUGCAGUUGGACAUUCGCCAACACCUGGGGUUGAAACCGCGACAGAAGCAGUUCCUGCUGCUGGAGAAGGGCGACACACUGCAGCUCGAGAAUGAAGACGCACUUGUACACACGAUAGCCGCACUGGUGGCAGCCGUCAUCAGCACGACGGCCGCCAACCCACUGGACGUCAUCAAGACACGACUGCAAACUACAACAAUUUACAACUUUGACAGCGCUGGCAUUGGACUUUCAUCGGGAGGUCGUGCAGGCGAGGCAAUGGCCACAAGCACAUGGCAGACACUGUUGAACAAGUCACACUUUUUGCGAGUAGGCAGAGAUACCAUCACCAAGGAAGGCUGGCGAGCACUCUGGAAAGGACUGGUACCAUCAUUGCUAGUUGCUGCGCCCUACUCUAUCAUCUCGCUCGUAGCAUAUGAGCAGGCAAAAAAGCUA